AUGCCGCACUCGCGCUCCCGCUCCCGCGUCCCCCAUAGCACCAUGACCGCCGACGUCCACAGGGAGCGCGGCGGGGCUGGCGAUUUGCACGCAGCGCCGCCGCGACCUACAACUACCAGUGCAGGCGGACAGAUGACAGACAGGCGGACAGGCGGACAGACGACAGACGACAGACAGGCAGACAGGCGGACAGGCAAUAUCCCCCUCUUACGCCCUCGCGCCCGCGCACAUCGGACUCCCGCCCCGGCCCGCGUGAUUGCUCGUCUGCGGGCAUUUCCAGCCGCCGCUACCCGCCUCACCCCGGUCAUGACAACGGUGACGCACGAUGACCGCACACCGCCGUUGACAGCACGCAACAGACUCCACUCCCCGCUCUGCCUCGCUUUCCAUGGCUGCGGUCUACCGGGCUGGGUAUCUGGCUCCUGGCUGGUUCCCGCGGCUCCUCUGCGUCUCCGACACUCGACACAAGAUAGGGUACGGGCGGACGUGUGUCUUGCACAGGCGGGGUCCGCACGCAUCAUCGCGCGCGCGGGCCCACCCAGUGAUGCAGAGACGCUGCGAGCCUCGAGCCUGUGGUUCGCUCUGCGUCCCCGCUGGCCCUCGCUGCUCAUCAAAGGCAGUCUCCGCGCGCGCCCGCACCGGCCCCCAUGCACAUGCUAG